GCAGCCAUUGAAAAAAGAAAGAGAGAAAGAAAAGGAAGAAGACAAGCAGUGACAUGUAUACACGUACGUGCGUAUAUUUCGGCUUGACAGUGGUCGAAUGAUGUUUCAGUAACUUGGGACGGUAUUGUUGAUGCGGAUGCAAUGGGACCUCCACCCGUAGUCACCGGGAUAUCACCUAAAGAAGGUCCGCCUGGCACUCGAGUGAUAGUCCGCGGCGAGUUUUUAGGAAAUAAAGCCCAAGAUCUUUUAGGGUUGACAAUAUGUGGAUGCGACUGCUUGCUUUCGGCCGAGUGGAAGUCGUCGAACAAAAUUAUAGCGAGAUCAGGCCCUUGCAAGGGCCGCGGCGACAUAAUAGUGACCACUCGGAGUGGAGGACAAGGGACUUCAACUGUGCAGUUUCGUGGCUAUCAUGAAACUAUAGGUCCUAUGAAGGAAUCGGCGGUAUGGGUGGAGGAAGCUCCUAUGCAGAGUAUUGUCUGGGGCAGAAGAACGUUGUCACCUACAAAUUAUCAGCAGGAAGAUCCUUUGGGUCUCAGCGUAGAAGGAAACGACAAAAAGUUUCCCGAGGAUGAGUUGAUCGAACUGUUUGGAGAUGGCAGUGGAGAUCUGACGAGUGAAAAGUUUCAUCCUGGAUGGUUUUUAUUGCAACAUCAUCACGCCACCACUUUGGAGGACUUGAAAGCUGGCCUAGCUUAUCUCAGGAGAAAAGUAAAUUCUCAAAAAGAGGGACAACUGUCGUUUCUCAAAGCUAAUGUAGGAGCAGUGAUGGAGCAACUUGAUACAAUAAUGUCGCUGAAGGACCAGUUUGAGAUAGAUAUGAAGAGCUACGGUAGCGAUCCUACCGAGAAACUGGAGAAGGCCAUUAAACAGUCCAUGUCGGAAGCCAACAAGUUAUUCGACGAUGUUUUGGCAAGAAGGGACAGGGCGGAUGCCACGCGUAACGCGCUGGCUGUGAUGCAACGUUACAAAUUUCUGUUUUGCAUGCCGAUAAACAUCGAGAGAAACAUCAAACGCGGCAAUUACGAUCUGGUGAUUAACGACUACGCUAGAGUGAAAAAUCUCUUUAAGAAUACCGAAGUGGAGGUCUUUAGGAAGGUAUUGGAGGAAAUUGACGAUAGAAUCGGUAACUUUAAAGUACUAUUACGAAACAAGUUGGAAGAGAUGCCGUUCAGCUUAGAGGAACGUAAGAAGAUCAUCAGAAACCUUGUCAAUCUCGACAUCGAAGGCGAUCCAGCUUGGGAUGCGAUAGUUUCGCACGCAAAUUAUCUGGAGAAAAGUGUCGCCGGUGCUGUGCACGAGCAUCUAGACUCAGCCAGGAUCAAUAGCGACGACACGUACAAGUCUACGCCAAUAAAUAUUAAACAAUUGCGCACGCAGAAGAAUAACGCUAAUAAUUCACCGCCGCAAAUCUCGUGUAUCGAAGCGAUUUGCGAUAUCGUGGUGGAACAAUUGCCGGAUCUGUGGAGACUGGGACAGAGUUACUUUACGGGACAGCUGCAUGUAGCGGUAGACGUAGAGAAACAGAGUCACUUUAAGAGUUUAGUUCUAUCGAGUAUGCAACACGCCAUGGAGGCCAUGAAAAAUACAUGUAGUCACGACGUGGAAGCACCGUGGCUCCUACACAUUUUGCGUUGCGUCAGGCAAAUGUACGCGUCUCUGAUACAUCUGGAUCUGCCUAGCGACGCUCUCGAUAUCUUCGGAUCGUUUAUACUUGAUUUAAGGAUACAAUGUCUGGUUGCUCUCUUUAAACAAGGAGCGGAUGAUAUAACGGCUCUGAGCCGAAAGGAAAUGUGGCAAAUAGAAUAUCUAAACGAAGAUUGUAGUGUUACAAAAUUGCCAUAUCUGUUCGAAGAGAUAGUUUUGAAAAUAUCGAAGCACGCGCGUGAAACGAUAGUCGCUUGCGGUCCAAGAGAAGGUCCAUUGUUUAAUAACACGGCCCACCAAAUGUUCUAUCACAAUACCAUUAAAACGUUAUUUACAUCAUUUGCACGAUGUCUGCAACAAUUGGCGUUUAGCGGCUGUGAGGAAGCUAUGGACAAUGAUGAAACAUCAGUCUCACAAUUGAUCGGUUCGCCAUCCGGAUUCAAGAGUAAAACCAACAAACAGCAAGGACCGACAUGGGAGCAGUGUCUCUUAAUCUCGCUGAGCAAUAUACGAUACACGCUAAAUAUCGUUUUACCAAGAAUCGAGGAGUCUCUGAAAGCCCAAGGUUACCCGGAAUUAUCCACCGCAGUCGGAUGGAAUUCUGACUGGACGCAAUUGAAGACGUUAGAUAGCGCCGUUCUAGACGCAUAUCUAGAACGGCGUUGCGAUCCGCUAGUCGGUACGAUCGAACCUAGCAUGUACUUGGGCGGUUUGGAAUGGGAUUUCGACACCGAGCCGACGCAUCUGAAGCCGUACGCUCAAGAGAUACUGGCAAACCUGAUUGCGGUCCACGCGGAGGUACGCCGAGUCGCGCCGGCCCUGUUGGGACGGAUUCUGACUCACAUAGUGGAGACUAUAGCGGAGGAACUUGCGCGGCUCAUGUCGUGCGUCACGCAGUUUCGUCCAGCCGGAAUUAUUCAAGCUCGAACGGAUAUAAUACUUUUGAGAAACGCCCUGCAAGCCUACAGUACAAGCAGAGCGAGAAGUUUCUUCGAGGAAGCUCUAGACGCGAUACCGCAGCCAGUGAGCAGAGAAGAUCGCACGCGAAUAGACGCCCUUCUGUCGAAGAUCACUACGUGCAUGCGACUGCAACUGUUGUGUCUCGUCCGCGACGGAACGGAAAAUAUUCGUUACCUAACGGCAGACCCCGAACGCGUUACCACCGUGUAAUUUACAGUGACCAAAGUAUCUUAACGACAGCGGGUAUGUGUUGUAAUUUAUUCCAACUUUUUAUCGGUUGUAUGUUGUAUGAAUUGUGUACGCGCUAGAUAUAUCGUGUGUACGCGGAACAGAACGGACGCGGAACAUAAAAACUUAAACCUCUAUAUCUA